UAGUUAUCCACCCUGUUGUCCGGACCCACCGCUAACAUUAUCAGACCCCCUGGAUGUGAAAAAUGCCGUUAAAUGUUUGAUGGAAGCUAAAAGACCACUCGUUAUCAUUGGGAAAGGUGCUGCAUAUUCAAGAGCUGAACACGAGUUACGUCUGUUAUUAGUAAGAGCUAAUCUUCCUUUCCUCCCUACCCCAAUGGGUAAAGGAGUCCUGCCUGAUGAUCAUCCAUUAUGUGUGGCAGCUGCUAGAUCAAGAGCACUGAAAGAAGCUGAUGUCAUACUAUUAGUUGGUGCUAGACUCAACUGGAUACUGCAUUUUGGAAAACCACCGAGAUUAAAUGAAAAUGUUAAAAUAAUUCAAGUUGAUAUUAGUCCUGAAGAGAUGAGUAAUAAUGUACCAGCUCAUGUCAUGCUCUGUGGAAAUGCUAAAUCAGUUAUCAAACAAUUAUUGGACGCUCUUUGUGAUAUUGGCUUUAAAGGUGUUGAUCCAUUAGGCAACUGGUGGAGCACUUUAAGAAAUAAAAUUGAUUAUAAUACCAAACUUAGUCAAUCACUUGCUAGUCAAGAAAGUGUCCCAAUGAACUUUUAUUGUGCUUAUAAACAAAUAACAGAUUACAUACCUCGUGAUGCUAUUGUAGUGAAUGAAGGAGCCAAUACAAUGGACAUUGGUAGAACUGUUGUCAAAACACACUUCCCUAGACACAGGUAA